AUGUCUUCAAACCACUCACAGACUCUUUACUUCACUUCACUCAACAGUCGCCUGGCCGAGCGAUCUGACGUCCUCGAGGCGUGUACUUCUUUGUUGAGGCCACUCUUGCCUUUCUUUUCUCCUGCACGAACCAGACUUCGGCUUGGGGCGACGGCAACCCGCUACGAUGAGGCAGGCGCCCAGCUCGAAGGCUUCACGAGACCCAUGUGGGGGUUGGCCGCUUUGCUCGCCGGAGGUGACGACUUUCAGGAGGGAACGGGACUUUGGCUGGAAGGGUUGAGGAAUGGGACGAACCCUGAUCACCCGGAGUUCUGGGGCUGGUCAAAGGACAUGGACCAACGCAUGGUCGAAAUGUGCCCACUGGGGUUUGCAUUGUGCGUUGCCCCCAAGCAAUUUUGGGACCCAUUAGCGGACAAAGAACGAUUGAACGUCCAGCGGUGGCUCGACAUCAACAGGAAAGAAAUGCCAAACACCAAUUGGUUGUGGUUCCGGGUUUUUGCCAAUCUUGCAUUGAUGAAGAACGGUGCAACAUAUGAUGCCCAACGCCUGGAAGCAGAUCUUGAUCAUCUCGACACAUUCUACCGUGGAGACGGUUGGUCGAACGAUGGACCCGAAGAUACACUCCAGAUGGACUACUAUUCUGGAUCUUACGCUAUACAAUACCUCCAACUGCUGUAUGCGAAGAUCAACGGCGACGAAGACAGGAAGCGCGCCGAAGAGUACAAGGCACGGGCAAGACGGUAUGCGAGGGAUUUUGUACACUACUUUGACGAACAAGGUCGAGCCAUCACUUUUGGUCGGUCCUUGACGUAUCGCUUUGCCAUGGCCGGCUUCUGGGCAGCUGUGGCAUUCGCCGGCCUCGAGCUUGAACCUCCUCUGACCUGGGGAGUUGUCAAAGGACUUUUACUUCGCAACCUUAGAUAUUGGUCUCUACAGCGAGACAUCCUAGCGACAACAGGGACUUUCAACAUUGGCUACACCUACCCCAACCAGUUCAUGUCCGAGAAUUACAACUCUCACGGGUCCACUUAUUGGUUCAUGUUGAGCUUUGCUUGCCUGGCAGUCCCAGAGUCGCAUCCGUUCUGGACCAGCAAGGAGGAGCCGUUCCCUUCUCCUUCGAUACCAGAAAUUGUGCCGUUGAAACACCCUCGUCAUAUCAUGAUCAGACGUGGAGGGCACACUUUCCUCCUCUCCUCGGGGCAAAUGUGUCACUAUCCCAUGAGGGCCUCGGAGUCAAAAUAUGGAAAGUUUGCGUAUUCUUCUGCCUUUGGAUAUUCGGUGCCAACCGGUGGUUAUUUUGUCGAGGCCAUCGGAGGAGACAAUACGAUAGCACUAUCUGAUGACGCCGGGGAGACAUGGAGGGUCCGGAAAAAGCCUAUAAACGCAAGGCUAGAGAUUAUGGAGGACAAUUAUCCGGUGUUGAUCUCUUCCUGGGAACCGUGGCGAGAUGUAUCGAUAGAGACCUACUUGCUUCCUCCCACCGAAGAAGCACCUAAUUGGCACCUCCGCGUUCAUCAUGUUUCGAUGGGCAACCGGGCGGUCAAGACGAGUGAAGGUGCUUUUAGCUUACAUGGAGUGGCGCAGAAAGAUGAGCGAGAUUUAUCCCAUUUGGUGAGUGACCAGGACAACAACAGCAACAACAACACCGAGGGCAAGAGAGAAGCUGUAGGGGAAGCUUUGGCCAUGUCCAGAGGUGGUGUGGUGGGAAUCGUCGAAAUGCAUCAUAAUCAGGGUGGUCGUCUAGGUCGCGUGCUGGACGAAGAUGCGAACAGCAAUUUGACCGAGAGCAGGUCUGUGUUGCCUAGUCUGGCCAUGGACCUCGAGGCCAACGCAGACGUAUGGCUAGCCACAGCGGUCUUUGCCAUGCCUAACACCGUACAGGGAUAUCAGCAGAAGUGGCAGGCACAGUGGGACAGGCGACCUCGCAUCCCUGUGUGGGUCAGGCAGCGAAUGAGUUAGUACAAAGAACUUGUCGUUACACACGGCAAUUUACCACGGUCACUUGAAUCACAUAGAACCGCAACAGGCUCAUCGAAACC